AUGUUCAACUUCAAUCCUAAUCUCAAUCUCAUCAAUCUUUCAAUUCUGAUUACCAUCUUAUCAAGUUUGAUUCAAUUCUCUUCAGCAGCAAUAGCUGAACUUGAUCAAAUUUAUUAUGGUGUUUGGUUAGAUACUGAUGUUGGUUAUCAAGAUACUCCUAUACUUUAUAACACUCGAUUAGGUCGAAAUGCUUCGGUCUUUCAUAUCGCUCAGAAUAUGCCUCUGACUCCUUAUAAUUAUACCACUGGUGCUGGUGGUCCGGCUCCUGAAUAUGUUAUCGAGAAUACGGCUACCGAUGCUGCUGUCUUCAUCACGGUUUACCCUACUGCACUCACAGUUCUAUCGGAUAAUGAUUUUACUGUUUUGGAUCAAUCCGACUUCAAUCGAACAGUCUUUUUGAGAUGGGCACCCGAAAUGCAGGGUCGUUGGAACCCUUAUGGUCAAUUACCCGUUCUUUUUGUGCAAUCAUGGCAAGCAAUGUACAAAGGCAUCAAGGCAAUCGCACCCGCAACAGUGGUCGUUUGGGCUCCUAACUUGGGAAGCGGUUAUCCGUUCGGUCAAACUGCUGAUAUCGCUGCUGAAGAUCUCGCUGUGUUAGAUACCAACAAGAAUGGUCAAUUGGAUGCUGGAGAUGAUCCUUAUGCACCUUAUUACCCUGGGGAUGAUUAUGUUGAUUGGAUUGGUCUUUCAGUUUAUUUCAAACAAUUCUCCGUCAAUACCAAUCUUGCUCAACCUGCUGGGUUCUGUAGCGACAUUCUUACUGGGAUUAACUCACAAACUGGACAUACCACAACCGUGAACUGGUACGACACAUACUGUACUCAAAAGCCAUCCAAAGCCUGUCUUAUCGCAGAAUCCGGAGCAGCUUAUCAUCCCAACAUCAAUACCGGUACUGCUACUCAAUUACAAAUUCAACAAGCAUGGUGGCAAGAUUGUAUUACAAAUACCACUUUUAUGGAUCGAUUCCCAAGGCUGAGACUACACAUGCAUUUCGAGUAUGAAAAGAUGGAAGCUGAUAUUGGGGCACCUGAUCUCAGAGACUAUCGUUUGACCAAUGUGUCUGAAGUCCUUACUGCUUUUCAAAAUGAUUUAAAUACCGUACAAGACCGAUAUCAUUGGGCUCAAUACCGAGUUCCAACCCAACCCAUCAAGACCACCGGACCCGGAGUGUCAGCACCAAAAACUGCAACACUCGCAGUUCCAACACUUGUUUUACAGACUCUGAGGAACCCACUUGCUACUGGGCUACCCACCCUGUUCGGUACCCGAGCAGCAUCAGAUGCUUGGAAAGUCACCGUUCCGAUCGGUAUCAGUGCUCUCAGCUGUAUCUCUUCCGGUGUUUAUUUCAUUGGAGUCGGAAGAGCUAGAGCUUUGAGGGCUAGGCGAUCGAUCGAUUGAUAUAGAUGACAAUAACGUCUAGUUUCGAACAUGAACUCUAUUUAAUCCAUUAAGAAUAUCCAACGAAUCGAAAACAGAGGAAGAGACUUAUAUUUUCACUUUUGGUCACCUUUCAUUUUUUCCUACUACAUCAUUCAAGAACAGAUUUUAGAGAGAGGACUUUCAAUUUUUUUUGGCUUGCUUGCUUUAACUUGGGUGGGUGUUUUUUUUGAAAUUUUGGGCAGAUUGUCUGUUUUCUUUGGUUUACUCGGUUCUGUGAUUCUUGUGAUUUGUUUCAAUUGGUAAACCAAAUUAGCAAAGUUGAAGAAGCAGAAGAUGAUGAAUGCAAGUUGAAGAUUGAUAGUUUUUUUUUUGGUUUUUCUGAGGGGGAGUCUUUCUUUUUGGUUUUGAAAUGGUAGCUUUAUAUGUAUUUUCUUUUUUGUAGUUGAAUAAAAAUGUUAUUUGCUGGUAAAGAGAAGUAUGAAGAAAAAUUUACACACAUUAUCAAU